AUGAGGUUUGCAGCAACCUGGACUGUAUGCAAGAAGUUAAGUGUGCGAGACGGGUCCACUUGCUAUAUGGGAUAGCAGUCCAUGCAGAGACAGGGAGAACAGGCAAACUUCACACAGAAGGUGCCGCAGUUCAGAAUCAAACCCAGGACUCGAGAGCUGUGAGAUACCACUCACACUACUAUGUUGCCUUCAGCUAUCUUUUUCAGUGUUAUUUUAGAACGAUGCUCUGUUAAUGUUUGUCGUGUUUUAGCAUUGACUACAUACCCACUGAGAAACUGUAACAAUACUGAUGACUUUCAGUUCCAUUUCCUUAGAACAGUUUUAAGCACUUUCAUCUAGUCUGAAGGGGGAGUCUUUGCUGUGCUAGUGAGUUCCCUGUCAAGACUCAAAAGAGGAAGGUGAGCUGGCUCCCUCUGCACAAACUGUAUGUUAGGGAAAACUCCCAUGUACUGGUGUUAUUGUGUUCCUGCAAGCUGUGUCCUUUUUGUUUCCUUUUUUGUUAGAGACUGGCUGAGCCUGAGCUCUGCGAUGUUCUGGGUCCCAGGUAACUGCUAGUUAAGUGCGGUGGGUCUGUGACACAGAUUGGCAGUUGUUUUGCUUUGAAGCAGAACCUCACAUGCUUUUCUCAGAUCUAAAGAUGGAGCUUGGAAAAGAUUUCAUAAAAUCCCUUUGAUAUGAUAUGAAGGUCAAAGACCUCAGCUGGAUUCACUGUUACAAACCUGUGUGGUGGAGGACAUCGCUUUAAUUGUAUGGAGCCCAUGGCUCUUCUGAGGAGUGUGCUCCUUCUGCUCUGCAUUUGUCACCUCCUGCCGUUGGCCAGGACAGCCUUUCUAAAGUUUUUCCCUUGCGACACUGACCCGAAAUCUUCCAGGGUGGACUGCUCAAAGAGAGGGUUAACCCAAGUGCCGCUGAUCAAUUCGCAGUCAGUGGUUUCUCUAAAUCUGGAUGAAAAUCGUAUCUGGCUGGUGGAGAAUAACGCAUUCACCGGGCUUCCAAAUCUCCAGUAUCUCAGUAUGAGUUGGAACUGUCUUCCAAGUAAACUGAAAUCUCCUGGCUCACCUCCCUGCCAAAUGGUAAUUGAGCCAAAUGCAUUUGUCAAUUUAAAAAAACUGCGCCACCUCUUCUUGGCUGGCAAUAGUUUAACUAAGGUUCCCAAACUGACCGCUGGCCUGCAGUAUCUUAGCAUUGAGAUCAACAAAAUCUUCAAUAUUACCAGCCCACUGGGUGCUCCAAACCUCAGACAGCUCAACCUCAACAAAAACUGCUUCUUCGCCAACCCCUGCAAUCAAUCAUUUUACAUAAAGGAGGACGUUUUAAAGGAAAUGCAACACUUACAGAAUCUCACUCUGGGGUUCAACAAUCUCACAGUCGUACCCUCAGGUCUUCCGUGGUCUUUGGAAAGUCUGGAUCUGAGAGAGAACAAGAUCAGCGAGAUCAAAGAGGCUGACUUUGCCAACCUCACAAGGCUGUGGAACCUGAACCUGGAGUGGAACUGCCAGCGGUGUGAUCAUGCUGCCCAGCCCUGUUUUCCUUGCCCACACAAUGCUUCUAUCAGAUUGCACCCCAAGGCCUUCCAAAGCCAGGGAAAUCUAAACUCCCUAAGCCUUCGAGGGAACUCUCUCAAGAAUCUCUCUGAAAGCCUCUUUGUGCCAUUAACUAGCCUCUCUAGAUUGGACCUGUCUGACAACUUGCUUGCCUACGUUAUCCGUAAUGGUACCUUCUUCAAACACUUGAAGAACGUCACAUCUCUUAACUUGCUUUACAACUAUCAACCUCUGAAAACAUUUGCAAAUCUUUAUCUCUCUAAGUACAUGGAAGAAAUGACUCUCUUGGAAGAUUUGUACAUCAGUGGCUACUUCUUCCUUGAGUUAGCACCAAGAGGUCUGAGACCUUUAUUAAACCUGAGACACCUUCAAAGCUUAGACUUCAGAAUGAAUUUCAUCAAUAAAGUCAACAUGAGCAUAUUCAGCCACAUGAAGGCUUUGAAAAAGGUGGUCCUUUCACAGAACAUGUUGGCAUUUUCUCCAUCUUGCAAACAAGGAAUCGAUCAACUUGAUAAUCAGGACCAAAGCGUAGGGGAGCGUGCACCCCUGGUUCUCCAAGAUCUGGGCAGAAAUCAAAAAGAUUCAGUAGCAAAAUGGGAUCAAUGUCAUCAAGUUCCGGAAAUGUGGAUGUUUCAGAAGAACUUUUGUCAAGGCCACCUUUUCUUUGAUUUAUCCCAAAACAACAUCUUGUCCAUUAAAGAAGAUAUCUUCCUUGGAAUAGAGAAAGCGGUCUGCCUGGAUUUGUCUUCUAACUACAUUAGUCAGCCUCUAGAUGGACGUCAGUUUUCGCCAUUGAAGAACCUUUCCUACCUCAAUCUGGCGCACAACAGGAUUGAUCUAUACUAUCCCAAUGCUUUUAAAGAACUUGCCACCACUCUUAAAGUCCUGGAUCUUACCCAUAACGAGUAUCAUUUUCUCAUGAAGGGAAUGGGACACCGCUUUGAAUUCCUCCGCCACCUGAUGUCUCUGGAGGUCCUGAGUUUGUCUGAGAACAAUAUCGGCAUCCGCAUUUCCACAAGACUACACAGUUCCUCUCUUAAGUACUUGUAUUUUUCAGGCAACCGCCUUGAAAUAAUGUGGGACAGCAAGUUCGAUCAGUAUCUCCAUUUUUUUACAGACCUUACCAGCCUAAUUUUCCUGGACAUUUCCAGAAACCAGCUGACAUCCUUUCCUCCUGAGGCCCUCUGCAAUCUUCCCAAAACACUUGAAAGCCUUAAAGUCAAUGAUAACCACCUCACGUUCUUCCCUUGGAAUCACCUCAUAGUCCUGCGCAACCUUAAUUAUCUAAAUCUCAGCUACAAUUCCCUCAGUAGCCUACCAAAGGAAAUGAUUAAUUUUGGGCCAAUAUUAAAAGUCCUGGAUCUAAGCCACAACAAAAUUAAUUGGAUUCCCGAAGUUUUCUUCCUAAAUGCGACUGCACUGCGCUGCAUCCUGCUGAACAACAAUAAGCUUAAGCUUCUCUCUUCCCAAAACCUCCCAAGUCCACUCCUUCAAAACCUCUCCCAUCUCACUCUUCAUGCAAACCCCUUUACAUGCACGUGUGAUUCCUCCUGGUUCACAGAAUUCCUCAAGACGACUAACAUAACCAUCCCCCACCUCAUCGACCUGAGAUGCGAAUUUCCAGAGUCUCAGCUGGGAGAGCAUGUCCUCUCCAUGGAUCCUCGCUCGUGUCAGGAAAUCUAUGGAAGUAUUGGUUUUCUUUGCACUUUCUUGCUGACAAGCGCGUUUCUCAUGGUGUCACUUCUGAAGAAACUCUACGGCUGGGAUCUGUGGUACUCUAUCCAAGUCUUCUGGGCAGGAAAGAGAGGCUAUUCCCUCCUGCCCGGGGGAGAAAGCCAGUAUGAUGCCUUCGUAGUCUUUGACACCAGGAACGCAGCUGUGACGGACUGGGUUUAUAACGACUUACGGGUUAAUUUAGAGGAUAAGGGGAGGCAACGGUUCAAGCUGUGUUUUGAGGAACGGGACUGGGUCCCAGGGGUUGCAUGCAUUCAGAAUUUGCACAAUUCUGUUUACAGUAGUAAGAAAACAGUCUUUGUUCUCGCCAGCGGAAGUUCAGUCAGUGGAAUUCUCAGGCAGGCCUUUUUUAUGGUUCAACAGCGCCUGCUGGAUGAAAAGGUGGAUGUGGUUGUGCUGGUCCUCUUGGACAAGGUGUUUUAUAAGUCCAGGUAUCUUCAGAUGAGGAAAAUACUCUGUAGAAAAUCUGUCUUGACUUGGCCAAUGAAUCCCCAUGCACACCAACACUUUUGGAACAGCAUGAAAACCAUCCUGGCCUCAGACAACUGCAAAUACUAUGACUCUAAUGUCAAUGAGAGCUUCUUAAUCAACAAUCUUGUCUAAAAGGGCUUUCUGUUAGUUUUUCUCAGCAUAUUGUAUCUGGACUGGGUUCUGUCUCAGACAAAAGACUUUAGAAAUAGUUAUGGUUGGAUUUUCAUUUCUAUGUUGAAUAAAAAAAAAACUAUUAUACCAUG